AUGCAAUCGCUUACUGCCAUCGGGUUUGACAAGCCCGACAUCGACCCUGGACGACGGGCACGCAUCACGGGCUCUCGCUGGCCCACGCCUGGGGGCGGUCCGGAGGCGCAACCGUUCCUUCGUCAGCUCUACCCGGUCUACAACCAUCCCAUCACUGACUCCUGGCCCAGUAUCCUCGAGGAUGUGAAGGCAUGCCUCAGCGAACACCAGAUGCCGUUCACCGCCGUCACGGGCUUCGGCUGGGGAAACCAAGGGGCCAAGGAACCCUUCUGCCCUCUCCUCAUGACCAUCGGCAUGGAGCCCGACUCUGUCACCUUCGACAAUGCCAAGACCGCUGCCGACCACAUCAAGGGCACCAUCCUUGAUAAUGCUGGCUUCCCCGAGAUCGAGGUUGCCGUCUGGGAAUGGAAGACGAGCUUUUCGGGUAUCGGCCCUAAACUGAUGUCCCUCAACCCCCUCGUCGACGGGGUCAUCACCGAGUUCGCCUCUCCUUUCGCGUCUAUCCUUCCCGUCGCCAUCGCGCCCCUCAAGAAGCCCCACUACGAGGGUACCGCCAGCCUAUUCCUCCGCCGCGGAGGCGGCAGCGACCGCGUCCUCGCUCUGACCGCGGCCCAUGUCGCCAGCAGCAGGCAUCGCGAGGAGAUCAUCGUCCUAGGCGAAAAGGGCUUCGAGGACGCCAUCACGCAGAUCGAGUCUAGGAUCGGUACGCUGCAGGAGAUCACCACGAAGGCGGAGGAGAACAUCGAGCGGCUGCAGCAGCAGGAGGCCGAUGGCACAGGAGACCCCCAGAGGAUCGCCAGCGCGCUCCGGCGCGAGCGGGAGAAAACAGAGCAGCUGGACCGCCUCCACACCCGUGUCGCCAAGACGAUGCUCACCACGAACAAGCGAGUUAUCGGCCAUGUCCUGCACGCCGACCUGGUCGGCGUCUCCUCCGGGCCCGAGGGGUUCACUAUCGAUAGGACCGUCGUCGAGCUCAGCGACGAUGCCUUCGACUGGGCCAACUUCAAGGGUAACAAGGUCUACAUCGGGGGCAAGAUCGACAAGGAAUCCUUCCGGGAACUAAUGUAUCCCUGGGCUGCCGACCGCGCUGGCUACGCGUACCCGCAGGACGGCCUGCUCCCAAUCUUCGAUGUCGUACCCGAGAGCGAAAUGCGCCAACCCACGCAGCGCAACGGCCGCGGCGGCCUCGCCAUGCCUGUAAUCAAGAACGGCUUGACCACUGGCACCACCGUCGGCUGGCUUAAUGGGCUCAAGUCCCUCGUCCGCCACUACGACUUCUACGAUAUCGCUUUUACCUCGUUCGAGACCACCAUUGUGCCCUACGGCGGGCGCGGAGCCUUCUCCGAGGGCGGCGACUCGGGUUCCAUCAUCUUUGACAGAAAGGGUCGAAUCGUCGCCCUGCUCACCGGCGGCGGCGGCUUGACCGACGAGACUGACGUUACGUUCGCAACCGCGUGGUACGCGCUCGAGCCGCACAUCAAGAACACCUUGGAAGGCGUCCAGCUCUACUAG